AUGUCUUUUGAAUUCACCAACUAUUUUUCAUUUCAAAUCUUUUUCAUAUUUCUUCGGGAGUCCUUAGAAAUCGCUAUUAUUAUUUCCAUAUUGUUAGGUAUUGUUAAACAAUCUCUAUACCAGGAAAAUGCUGAAGAAGAUGACGCUCAACUGCAUGAUAGUAUCCAUCGCAAAAAAGACUUUCAACAAGAACAAAACUUUUCUGAUAUGAGUUCUCCUACUGAACUUAACCAACUUGAAACAGGAGAAGAUGUUCAGUUUUUAAGUGACCCAGGCGAAAUAAUAAAUUCCUCUCAACUUCCAGAUCAUGAAAUUGAAGGCCAACAAUCGCCUCAUGAAAUUGAAAGCCAACAAUCGCCUCAUGAAACCGAUACUCCUUCUGCUUCAACUACUAAGAACAGAGAAAACACCCCUGGUAAUACUUUUAUCGAUAGAGAUCAUUUGUAUAAAAAAUUAAAAGUUCAAAUUCUAACAGGAGGUGCUCUAGGUCUAUUACUCUGCAUGAUAAUAGGCGCAUUCUUUGUGAUUUUAUUUUAUCUGAUAGGUACCGACUUAUGGUCUAAAGGCGAACAUUAUUAUGAAGCUGUAAUGAGUAUUUUGGCUUCAAUGAUAAUAUCCAUAAUGGGCAUCUUUUUUUUAAGAAUCGGAAAAUUAAAGGAAAAAUUCAGGAUUAAGUUAACCAAUGCAAUUUAUUCAACCAAUACAUUAUCAAACUCUGACAAUUCAAACCACCUUAGCAGAAAAGGUAUGAAUUUUGGUGAAAGAUAUUCUUUUUUUAUUUUACCAUUUAUCACUUCAUUAAGAGAAGGUUUAGAAGCGGUAGUUUUUAUUGGCGGUGUGGGUAUUGAUCAGCCAUUAACUUCCAUACCAUUAUCGAUGAUAUGCGCAGUUAUUGUUAGUACUAUUCUUGGAAUUACGUUUUAUAAAUCAUCCACCUCCUUUUCCUUGAAAAUUUGUUUGAUUAUGGCCACCUGCUUUUUAUAUAUUAUCAGUGCAGGAUUAUUUAGUAAAGGUGUAUGGCAAUUUGAGGUGCAAAAAUAUGUUAAUAGGUGCGAUGGUCAAGACAUGACUGAAAUGGGAAAUGGCCCAGGCUCUUAUGAUAUCGCAAAUUCUGUGUGGCAUGUCAAUUGUUGUAAUGGUGAAAGGGACGGAUUAUGGAUGGUCUUAACCGCCAUAUUUGGCUGGACUAAUAGCGCUACCUAUGGUUCUGUUAUUAGUUAUAAUGUUUAUUGGAUAAUUAUGAUCAUUGCGUUUAAAUUUACGAAAAUCUACGAAAAUCAUGGUUAUAUACCCUGGAUUCCACUUAACUUUCAAAAAUAUUGGAUUGACAGAAAAAUGAAGCAUCUCAAAAAUAAGAUAAAACACUCUAAAACCAGUACUGUAUCUAUACAGAGCAAUAAUUAUGAUCCCCAGCCUUCCACUAGCAUUACCCCUUUACUGACAUCUACUUAA